AUGGCGCUCUCAACGCCACUGAUCCUCCAGGCUGUGUCGCCUCUGUAUCUGCUUGCCGGGUUCCUGCUCAGCACGGUGGUGUACCUCUUUGUCCAAAGCAAGAGGGCCAAUCUUGAUCAUAUCCCCGGGCCGACGCUGGCAAAGUAUUCGAACAUCUGGAGGGGUUAUCGAGCAUGGAGACUCAACCACCACACCGAAGGAGUGAACAACUACCAGAUCCAGAUGAUCGGGCAGUAUGGGGACGUCGUUAGGAUCGGCCCGAAGCACGUUCUUGUCUAUGAUCCCGAGGCAAUCGACACGAUCUAUGGCUUCCGGGAGCGACUAGACAAGGGUCCGGGGUACAAGGUCUUCGUCAUGACUGGCACUGACCAGACUGCACUGGUCAGCAUCAAGGACGAGAAAACGCACGGAAUGUACAGGCGACCCAUCGCCCAUGCUUAUUCACUGUCGUCUCUGAAAGGAUACGAGCCAUACAUCGACCAGAUGAUCGAGAAGUUGAUAGGUGAGCUCGACAAGCAUGACGCCGACGGGACGCCCAUCAACAUGACGCGCUGGCUGCAGUAUUGGGCGUUCGAUGUGAUGUCCAAGAUCUCGUUUGGCGAACCCAUCGGCUUUCUCGACCACGGCGACGACUUCAACGGCAUGAUCCAGGCCCAGAGGGAGAACUUCCGGUACAUCAGCGUGGCCAAUAACUUUCCAUUCCUCGACACCCUGACCAAACGCAAUCCGCUGUUGAAACUAUUCAAAAAGAAACCGAGCAUGUUCUUCACGUUCGCAAGACGCGUGGUCAGCGAGCGGCUCGCACAAGCGACCAAAGACCCCGAGUCCCAAUCCCAGGGUGGCCGCCACGAAGACCUCCUGGGCAGCUUCAUCGCCGCCAGAAAAUCAUACCCUCUGAUGACGGACAUCCGCAUCACGCACAUCACGGCCACCAACGUGCUCGCGGGGGCCAACAACAGCGCGCGCGCCAUGGACGCAACCAUCCACUGGCUGACAGCACACCCAGAGGCCCAGGAACGACUGUACAGCGAGAUCAAGAGCGUCAACAUGUCCGCCAUGAAGGAGGCCGAGACCGAAGGCCCCGCCGCGCUGGAACUCGCGCUGAAGAUGCCCUACCUCGACGCGGUCAUUCAGGAGUCGUACCGCCAGUUCGGCGCGCCGGCGAAUAACCUCGAGCGCCUCGUCGGUGAUGCGGGCCUCACGCUGCCGAACGGCGUGCACUUGCCUCCUGGGUCUGUGGUCUGCAUGAACGCCGCCUCGAUGUCCAUGCUCCCUCAUGUCUUUGGGCAGGAUGCGCGCGUCUUCAACCCGGAUCGGUGGAUGCAGCAGCGCGGCGAGAGUGAUGAGGCAUUCCACGAACGGAGAUGGAGGAUGCAACGCGCCAUGAUCGUCUUUGGGCACGGCAGUCGGAGCUGUAUCGGGAAGAACAUUGUUCAGCUGGAGUUGUAUAAGAUUUGGGCCACCCUCUUGAGGAUCUACAAGGUCAGUAACUACGGAGUACCGUGUCCUGUUUCCUGA